AUGGAGUCUUCGCGUAACGCCUGGCUUAUGAAAGAUCGUCAAAGGUAUGAUGACUUAAACCGUAAAAUCGAAGAAUCACGCGCUUUGUACGACAAGAAAGGAUGUCGCAUUUUCAGUUUAGUAAUUUCUCCCCUGCUCAGCUCUUCAAUUCCACCACUAAAUUUUUCUUCGUUUGUGAAUAUGCACAAUAAGAUUGAUGAUCUUGAAAAGGUAGGAAUCGAACACUGGGAUGGCGUACGGAAUCACGAGGCUAAGAACUUGAUGAAAGAAAAGAUGAGAAAGGGGGACCGUGUUUUAUUCUAUCAUUCCAAUUGCAAAGUUCCCGGAAUCGCUGGAAUAGCUGAGAUUGAUAAAGAGGGAUAUCCGGAUUUCACUGCCUUCGAUCCAUCCCAUCCAUACCACGACCCAAAGUCAAUGGAAAGUAAGCCGACUUGGUUCAUGGUCGAUGUCAAAUUCGUUUCUCGUCUCCCAAACUUCGUCCCUCUCAAACUGCUACAGAAUUUAAUCAGCGGAAAAGUAAGCCUGCCCGAUUAUUUAACCACCGAAGACUUACAAGCCAUCAAAGACAUGCCGCUCUUAAAUCGAGGCAGACUAUCUGUACAGCCGGUACCUUUAGAAGCUUUUGAGGUGGUUAGAAACUUGGGCGUCAAGGGCGGAUGGCUGUCUACAGAGAAAGUCAACUUAGCUAGCAAACCAACAAAGAUUUCAUCUGAUCAAUCCGAUGGCACUAAUUUGGACAACCCCCAAUCUAAUAAACGCAAGACGCAGUCCGGAACAACCCAACCUCGUCGAAGUAAACGCUCCAAGAAUUGA